UCUGAGGGCCCAGUACGCUCUGAGGGCCCAGUACGCUCUGAGGGCCCAGUACGCUCUGAGGGCCCAGUACGCUCUGAGGGCCCGGUACGCUCUGAGGGCCCAGUAAGCUCUGAGGGCCCGGUACGCUCUGAGGGCCCAGUAAGCUCUGAGGGCCCAGUAAGCUCACUGUGUGGAACAUCUUCAGUGACCUCAGAAAUAAACUUAGUUUUUAUUAGUGAAUAAGCAAACUUAAAAAAACUAUUAUAGUUCUGGUGGCCGGCGGUUCCUGAACGCACCGCAGACAGCGCAGUCAGCCAGACUCCUGCGUGUCUGGCAGCAGAGCAUCAUUUGGGUUUGGCCCAAUGCAGCUGGAUUUGGACUGUAGUUUAUUUUUCGCUACCAGUGAUGUCUACAUUGUGCAGGUCUAUGUUCAGGUGAAUUAUUGGUCAUUUGGAGCAGCUUAUUGCUUCAGUGUUAAAACGUUUCGCAUCGCUGGCGUUUAUCUUUGUUCAUCCAAAGAACCAGAAUCCGUCAAGCAGCGUUGCUAAUGAUGACCAAUAAUGAUUAUGAAAUAUUUUACAUCCAUUGCUCAGAUUAAAAUGCUAUUGAAUAUGCAGAGAAUGAGUGAAAAUUGUGGUUUUGUGAAGGUGAAUGCUUGUGGUUUCUCCUUGCAGUGAGAGCUCUGGUGGAAACAACCCGGAGCAGACGGAGACAGAGAAGCCCUCUGCUCAGGACAGCACAGCGGAUGAAGACAAUAACAGAACUCUGUUCAGGCAGUUCUCUGACAAGUACGAGGAAGUGGACGCUGAGCAGCUGCAGAGCCUCCUCAACGGCAAAAUCCUGAGAGGUGACCUGAAGUCUGGCGGCUUCAGCACCGACGCCUGCCGCAGCAUGGUUGCCCUCAUGGACACAUCCAUCACUGGGAAGCUGAACAGUGAGGAAUUUGUCAGUUUGUGGAGGAAGAUUGUUACGUACAAGGUGAGAGCAGUGAAGGUCGUUGAGUUUUUACCACACAACACACUGCUGCUUUUCAGCCGAUGCUCACUAAAGAACAUCCAGUUAAGUUUAAUGGCUGAAGAAGGACGUUUCUGAUUAUUUAUUAUGAGGUUACAGAGACAAACUAGAGCUUCAUGGAUCAUAAUCACUAACAGCCACAGGCCAGUGGACCGACUGCUUUAUGCUGCAAAAUAACAGAACCUAAAGACUGAGCUGCCAAACUCUGGUUGCAGACUGAAAUUUACCGAGUCAUAAUCAGAUCAUGAAACAUUCAGAUCAUCAUCAACGGGACACAAC